CAGGGUCAGCGCGUGCGCAUAUCAAAUUGUCGCAUCCUUCAGCUGCGUACUCUCUUUAGACGCCAAGCCAAAAUGGUUGUUGCAGCUUGAUAAUACUAGGAAACAUCUUCCAAUAUCACCCAUUUACAAAGAAAAUAUAUCCUGUCCAGUGAAAUUAUAUAAAAAUGACUGCUGAAGUUGAACAACCACAAACAUUAACAUCUCCAACUGAGGAAACAAAAAAAGAAGACCCAGCUGCUGUGACAGCAACCUCAGGAACAGAAAGUGACAGUGAUGAUGAAGAUGUUCCAGAAUUAGAGGAGGCCGAUGACACCCCUGCACACCCAGCAGAUGCAUUUGCUGCAGCAGGAAUACAAGAAGAACCUGUCAGUAAAGCUCGCCAAAGUAGAAGCGAAAAAAAAUCGAGGAAGGCUAUGUCACGUUUAGGGCUAAAAGCUAUAUCCGGUGUGACUAGAGUGACAAUUCGAAAAUCAAAAAAUAUAUUAUUUGUUAUAAAUAAACCAGAUGUAUAUAAAAGUCCUGCUGGCGAUACACACAUAGUGUUCGGGGAAGCUAAAAUUGAAGAUCUCAGUCAACAAGCACAAGUGCAGGCUGCUGAGAAAUUUCGAGCACCUGAACCUGUACAUCAAUCAACUAUAUCUGAAUCAAAGGCUGAACCUGCAGAAGCAGAAGAAGACGACGAUGAGGAAGUUGACUCCACAGGAAUUGAAGACAAAGAUAUUGAACUCGUUUGUCAACAGACUAGCGUUUCGAAAAAGCGAGCGAUCAAGGCACUUCGUGCAAACGAUAAUGACAUUGUCAAUGCUAUUAUGGAAUUGACUAUGUAAAUAUUGGAGAAAAGAAAACAUCCAUCGUUUUGGGGCAAGUGGCUAGCUGCACAUCUUGCUUUUUAAUUCAUUUUUGUAUUUAUUUUAUACAAUUCAAAACUGAUCAGUCCAUCUUGUUUGGUGUCUUUCUUGAAAAGCUUGCUCCUGAGGCGCCGGGAUUGUACGAUAUGUAGUAUUGGCGUUUCGAUAUAAAUAGAUUUCUUAUUUGUAAA